GAAACCAUAGCUUGCUUUUCUCAGUGCCAUGCAUCUUCACUUCCACAGAUAUAGAGUUCAGCAUAUAUUGUAUAUAUUCGACACGCGGUGACCCCAUUAUAUCACUCAAAGUACUCUACAAAGGCCUCAGCCACCAUGAACAUCCACGUUUCUAUUGUCACCAUGGUUCUUUCAGCCACCGUAAUCAUCAUCGUUACCAAUACCGAGCAUGCCACCCUGCCCAUCACACUUGGCAGCCUCCAACCCAUCCAACUCUUGCUGGUGGCAUGUCUCCUUCUUGCCGGUUUGGCCGGUGUAUACAUGAAGAACCGCCCCCGUAGCAUAUACCUCAUUGACUAUGCCUGCUAUUAUGCCGGCCCAACCUGUCGUUUCCCCAUUUCCAGUUUCAUAGAGCAUUGCAAGCUCAUGCCAUCAUUCUAUGAUGAUCAUGGUAUCCAGUUCGUAGAACGCACACUGCACCGUAGCGGCAUCGGGGAAGAGACGAGCCUUCCUCUGGCAGUCCGAUACAUUCCACCCUCUAGCAGCUUAGAUGAUGCCCGUGCCGAGGCAGAGCUUGUCAUUUUCUCGGCAAUCGAUGACCUACUGGCCAAAACAGGCAUCGCUCCCAGCACCAUCGAUAUACUAGUUGUCAACUGCAGUGUCUUUUUACCAGUUCCAUCCUUGGGUGACAUGAUCCUGAACCGAUAUAAGUUUCGAGACGACAUCCACAAUGUGACCUUAUCUGGGAUGGGUUGCAGUGCUGGACUAAUCUCGGUGGGGCUUGCAAGAGACCUCCUUCGAGUUCGACCAGCAGCACAGCAUGGUGCUCACGCUCUGGUUGUGUCUACAGAGACCAUAACGCCCAACUUCUACAAGGGAAAGAACACUAGCAUGCAAGUUACCAACAUCCUCUUCCGCAUGGGCGGCACAGCUGUGCUGCUAUCUACAUCCAAGUCUAUGGCGCGGUUUCGGCUCGCACACCUGGUCCGGACCAACACAUGUGCUGAUGACAGUUCUUACAACUGCAUCCUUCACGAAGAAGAUGUUGAUGGCACGCUAGGCAUCAAUAUAUCCAGAAACAUCUUAGCUGCCGCUGCUAAUGCAUUGAAGGCCAACUUCACUGCCAUUGGGCCACUAGUUCUUCCACUUUCAGUUCAACUAUUUUACAAACUGUUUCUCAUCAUGAGAAAGUGUUCCAACGGACGGGUCAAGCAAUACCAUCCAGACUUCCGAAAAGCUGUCCAGCACUGGUGUAUCCACCCCGGGGCACGACCAGUGAUCGACAAGGUUCAGCACAACCUUGGUUUGUCAGACGAGCAGAUGGAGCCGUCCCGUAUGACACUCCAUCGGUUUGGAAACAUGUCUAGCAGCACAAUUUGGUAUGAGUUGGCUUACAUCGAGGCUAAGAGUCGAAUGCGCAAGGGUGACCGGGUGUGGAUGCUUGGCUUUGGCUCUGGCUUCAAGUCCAACAGCGCUGUUUGGGACUGCAUCCGACCAGCAGAGGAGGUGGAUAAGGCGUGGGCUGGCUGCAUCCAUAGAUACCCAGUGGCUACCCCCACAGAAGCCUUGAAUAGUGUCUGAUGAAAAAAGGGCAAGAAAAUAAAUAAUGGAAGUGUUAUUGCUACUAUGGCAAUAUUAAUAAUCGUAAGCACUGGUUCUAGCCUUCUAAUGCAAGCAUGGCUUGCAUCAUUUAUGUAACUGUGUUAGGUGACUAGUAUUCGGACUUGUACUCAGUUUGGUCUUUUAUAGUGUCUGGCUUAUAUCUAUACCUACGUAGCGUGUAUGGUUGAGUAUACAAAGAGCAGCCCCAAAUAUGUGAAAGGGAGCACCAAUAGCACAACCAAAAGCAUCAGCUAGCUGUUGUAUGUUCUUCCAGAAGAAACGUUUAUUGGAAUCAGGUAAGACUUUCUAUAAUUAAUUUUCAGGCUCGUGGAUUUAGCAAA